AAAACCAACACACAGGGCAUAACUCCUUCUUGCCCUUGCAACCCCCUCCCUCUCUCUUUCUAGAGUAAUAGCUUUCUAUACUUGUUCAUUUCUGCUAUUGUACUAUUACUGGCUGCUCUCUCUAUAAAAAACAGAUAGUGAAAGAAAAUGACAAGCUCAGGCUCAUUCUUAAGGCAGCUAAGUGGCAGAGAAGCUUGGAGAACAACAUCCAGGAGGUGGGGUUGUAAUAACAAGUAUAGCACUGCUGCUGAAGGUUGUGAGAGGAGUUUUAAUCAGAUGGAGAGGCUUAACAUGUAUGGUGCUGAAAAUGGUGGGUUGGGUAUGAGAAAGAGAGUGAUGGUAGUUGUGGAUCACACCUCUCAUUCCAAGCAUGCAAUGAUGUGGGCACUUACUCACGCGGCUAACAAGGGUGACUUGCUCACUCUGCUUCACAUUGUUCCUCCUGGGUCUGAUUCUUCUUCUCCUUAUCUUGCAAGUUCUCUUGGUUCUCUUUGCAAGGCUUCUAAACCUCAGGUGGAAGUGGAAGCACUAGUAAUCCAAGGGCCUAGGCUGGCCACAGUGAUAAACCAAGUGAAGAAGCUAGAUGUGUCUGUCCUGGUAGUGGGUCAGAAAAAACCCUCACCCCUUAUCAAUUGCCUCUGUGGGACCAGCAGCAGUGAGGAGUUUGUGGAGCAGUGUAUCAAUAAUGUCGAUUGCCUGACCAUUGGAGUGAACAAGCAAAGCAAAAGUGUGGGUGGCUACCUUAUAAGCACCAGAUGGAAGAAGAACUUCUGGCUUUUGGCUUAGUUCAAAGUUAAUAACUUAAGUUAGAUAAAUGGGUUGUCGUUAGAUCCUAGUCUCACUAUUUGUAAAAUGUAAACUACUAAGUGCUAACGAGAUCGUCCUUUGUACCAAUGAAAUAUCAUGAGAAUCUCUCUCCUCUAAGCUUCAUAACCAACAGUAACUAAACAUUAUAUGUAAAGGUAUGCAUUCUUACUUUA